CAGGGCUAGAGUCGUCAUAAGAUAAUGCCAUUUCUAAAUAUCGAUAAAACAUGAAUGACGAGUAAUGAUUCACCUUCCACAGACGCAGGAUUGCAUAUACAUACAAUUCCAUCAUAUUCCCCUGAGAUGAGGUUGAAUGCUACGGUUUCUGACUAAGUCCCAAUGGAAGCUUUGGGAAAUGUUUGCCAAGUCUUCUGUUUGAAAACGUUCUUAAAUUUGACUUGCUGCCUGUUGGCCUUCAAGACUGACGCGAUGAAUUGUGGAUGUAGUGUAUUGUCGACACGCGGCUCUCACAAUGGCAGCCUGGCCUAGACCCGCUGGAGAAGAGGGCGCAGUGUAUAUAUAUACUUGAUACGUUAGGCCAGUGAUCAAUGUCGGAUUUCGCUAACACCGCUGCCACAUAUGUGAGCGCGCCUGUGUAUAUUUAAGCUUGUUACAAGUGUAUCCACGCACUAGAAUUAAACGAGAGUAGUAAACGCUCUAACAUCGGUCAUUAGUGGAGGCCGAACCAACGGACUGAGAAGCACACUGUUCACGCGACAUCCCAGAACAUACAAGUUUGCUUGUGUAAAGUGUGGAAAAUGUGCUGGGCGAGAAGCUGGGGCGGUAAUCAGUGAGUCAAGUCUCACGACAUUGAAAUACAUCAACGAAGUGGAACUGGGCAACAAGAUGCGUAGUGGUGAAUUCUUGUGAACAACGAGUGGCUGGGAGUGUAGACGCCGUUUCUUCUAUUUUUCGUUCUCAUGGAGCCAGUUUUCGAAAGGAGUUACAGUUAACUGCGGGAAUUGGUUCCAAAAGGUGAAUAUUACUUUGGACUGGCUAAACAUGUUAGUUCUUGUGAAAACGGCACAGGGACAACCUAUAGCCUAUCCUGAGGCCAAGCUUCGAGUCGUUGGAAAAUCGAUCGAUACUUGGAGAGUCGGACGGCACAGUGUUAUGGCCGUUAGCAGCAGACGAUAAAUUUGGCGGUCGUCUGCUUGCAAGGGGGAGAAGGAACAGAGGGUUGAUGAUUUAGAGAUUGAAGAAAUUUUGGAAGGAAAAAUGCAGCCAUGGCGGUUGUUACCAUGUUUAACCAGGCUCCGUAUCGCCGUGCACACAGCAGCAGAGAAAGACUGAAUGUUGACAACGACGGCGGAGACUUAUGGAUAAGCCAAAGCGGCGAGAGACACAACAAUAAUCACAGUUUAGAGUAUAAAUUGAGAACCAAAGGGGGAGCCUCUCGUUGUGGGCCGCACUUGGCUGUGAAUCAUACAUGCAGUAUCAAAACUUGUGAUAGAAUCUCUAUCAAUGUCAGUGGGCAGUACUUCGAAACUUGGCGAGGGACUUUGGAAAAACACCCUUCCACACUUCUCGGUGACCCUCGAAAAAGACAGAAGUUUUAUGACAAAAGGAGGAAUGAAUACUUCUUUGAUCGACAUCGACCAGCAUUUGAAGCCAUCUUUAAUUAUUAUCAGUACGGGGGUAGGCUGAAUAGACCCGAGCCUGUACCGGAUGAUAUUUUUCUCACGGAGUUGGAAUUCUUUGAGAUCGAGAAAGAUAUGAUUGAUGAAUACCGGAGAGAGGAAGGCUACAUGACGGAAAAGAUAGUCCUUCCAGAACGCGGGUGGCAAAGGAAGAUUUGGAUGGUCAUGGAGUACCCUGAGACCUCCUGUAUAGCUUACGCAGUGGCAAUAAUAUCCGUUGUUAUUACACUUCUUUCAAUUGUUCUUUUCUGUGUGGAAACACUACCAGUCUUCGCAACCAACCAUUGCUCUCCCGAAGGUAACCCUAAUUUCUUGGACCCGUUCUUUAUCCUCGAGUCAAUUUGUACUGCAUGGUUCACUGUGGAGGUCCUCAUUCGGAUCGUGGUGUGUCCAAAUAAACCUCAGUUCUUCAAAGACUUCAAGAACCUUGUUGAUUGUACCGCAAUCAUUCCUUAUUACGUCACUCUUUCCAAUGUGCUCACGAGUAUGAGUUGCGAAGACGCCAAAUCCAGUUCUUCACUAUCGUUUCUCCGAGUAAUACGGUUAGUGAGAGUUUUCAAGCUAACCAAACACUCCGCCGGUCUACAGGUGCUUAUUUUAACAUUCAGGGCGAGUUUACAAGGGUUGUGCCUGUUUCUUGUUGCGAUUGUGGUGUGUAUAUUACUCUUUUCAAGUGCUAUAUACUUCGCGGAGAUGGGUAUAGAAGGUUCCCAUAUUCACAGUAUUCCGGACGGGUUCUGGUGGGCCAUCAUUACCAUGACAACAGUCGGAUACGGAGACAAGUAUCCACUGGGACCCGUAGGAAAAAUAAUAGGAUCAAUCUGUGCUCUCGCGGGUGUGUUGACUCUUGCCAUCCCUGUACCAAUAAUAACUGAGAAUUUCAACAAAUUUUAUGCACAUAAGACUGGAAGAGGUAGAGUAUAAUAUCCACACCUUUCCUUCUUCUUCAACCUUCUGUGUUUCUUUAUUUGUCUAGAUAAUAACGUAGUGAUCUCAUCUUUGAGGAUAUACGGUUUUACUCUCGCUUUGGAGCCACGAGCCACUGAUAUUUGUAUCCUUGUUAUUGAGGAGAUACUUGGACUGCAUGUGUUGAGGAGCUACCCUUUUCUCUACAUUUUAACAGUUGUUUUUUUUCCCUUUAUUACCGCACCGUAUGUGUAUAUGCGGGAUUUGCGAGUGUCUUGAUCUAUAUAUUGUAGUUUCUUGGAAGAUUUACACGAUUCGAAAGUGUCUUAUAUACGGAGUAUUUGAGUCUAUGCAAAACGUCAUUCAGGUGGGUAGUUUAUUGUUACGAUGAUGCCCUGCAACAUCGCUCCUAUUGUUGAUAACUCUCUUAUUGACAUUUUCAAAUGACAUUUUGUUUUCUUUUAACGUUGCAACAAACAUGAUGUGGUCACCAUGUGGCAUGUCCUUGAAAAGUCCCACGGGUCUACCUACCUGUCCAUAAUACUAUCUUUGUGAUUAUUUUGAAACUAAGAUAAUGCUGUGGACCAGGAUGAUCUGGCUGUACUUUGAAUCCAACCUUUGUCUUCUAUUAUAAAUGCCUGUACGUUCACCAUAAUGCACAUACUAGUUGACUUUGCAUGUCUCCCUACACUAGGUCUCUAUAUCGUGACGUUUUAAGUUUCAAAUAGAAUUUCCUAGUAUCGAAUUGGCUGUGUAAUUACAACUAUUCAUUGAGUCUUGAUACAUUUCGCACGCAUUACAUUUGACACUGAUCACUAUAAUCGAAGUAUAGAUUCAUUACAACCUGUUUUGAUACCUUUCUUCUACGCCAAAGUGAUCUUUACUUCCCGUGAGGUAUGUGGACCUAUUUGCAAUGUUUGUCAACCUAUGGUCCAAUGAAUGCAUGGAAACCACAUCAUGUAACGUGAUGGUCAUGAACUUUGCUGAUUUCAAUAUGGCGUAUGUAUGUAGAUUGUUAAUUUCAACACAUGUGAAGGUGUCGAUUUCAGCAUGAAACACAUGACCAUGUCACGUGACACCUCGUACAUGCAGUUUGAAUGUGUGAGUCAACCAUUUACUGCAUUUACCACAACGUCAUUGAUGUUGGGCUACAACAUUUGGAUGUUGUUUGCAAUG